AUGUCUACAGUUCAAUUACGUGUCGAACUGCCCACUUACGCUCAGUCUUUCACGAUCCAAGUCCCCGAUAUAAGUACUAUUCGCGACGUCAAGCAGAAAAUCUUCACUUCUUGCCCUGGUGCACCUCAGGUCGCCGGUCAGAAGAUAAUUUGGAGAGGUCGAUACCUUUCGGAUGACGAGAAACUAGAGGAUAUAUGGAAGUCUCCCGACGAACCACGUAUCAUCCACCUGUCUGUUCAUCCAUCUGCUUGGACAUCUCAUCCUCCUACUGCCAGCACCAGUUCUACCACUGGCCAACCACAGCUCCGAGAGCAGCCAACUCAUCCUGCUUACAUGACCACUCCUGUUUCCUCCUCAUCUAUGUUUUCUCAACAGAAUCCAACGCACACACGUACAACCCCUUCAUCCUUUAGCCAAAGUCAUCCUUUAGCAUAUGUGUUACAGAAGCAUCACCAUGCUCUCGGUUUCCUCACGAAGGGUAAAUCAAAUCAUAUCGAACUUUCCGAGAUAGAUGCCUUGAGAACAAAGGCUGUUCGGUUUGUUGAGGUUCACGGAUAUCAGUGGCCAUCCAUCUUGGAUGAGCCGUUCCCAUCGACAACCGAUGGUGGGGGGAUAUUGUAUGAACAUACGGUCAUCGGCGGCCAGAGCUAUCUGCGACUGAGGAACUCCUGGGAGAAGCCGACUGAGGCACAAAUGCACGCUUUGAAAGUAUUAUCCUAUACGUUUGUGCUACUCAAAUUACCUCCUGAACCCCCUCGUCGAACAUCCAUACCUCUUUCUGAACCAGUGGCUAUCCCUCCGAAUCUUCAUGCCUUGUUGCAACAAAUGGGACUGCCCCCUGUCCAAGGUGACGCAGAACAUCACCGUCGUUUGCUUCAACAGUUACAGGGUCAGCGACCGAAUCCUAUCCUAAACGGAAACGAGCGGGUGAUUGAGAUCAACCUCAACCUCCGACCCUUCCUACUUCCCCUGUUCAUGCUUGCCUUCCGGACGCUUCUUCUCCUUUACUUUGUCGCACCCGCAAGGAAACCCAUCUUUAGUAUUCUUCUUAUUGCAUGGGUUCUUUAUGAAAUCUGGCAACCCAUAAGGAAUGCGUUCAUGCGAGGCGCUGGUGGUCAGCAACCACAGAGACGUGACGGUGAGGCUGGAGGUGCCAGGGAUGGAGGGAAUCAGAAUCAGAAUCGGGACCAGCCUCAAGCUAAUCCAGCUCCAGAAGGAGCACGUCCUCAGAAUCAACCUAACCCACCGCCAGCAACACCAAGGAACCGUGAAAUAGGUGCUACAGGAGCCCUUGUCGAUGCUAUUGCGAGUUGUGACGUUCAAUCAGAGGAAGCUGAACUGACGAGAGGCGAUGUCGAUGAACCUGGGUUGAAACGGAAAGCUUAUGUUUUUGUCACACUGUUCUUAGCGACUGUACAUCCUGCGGUCUGGAAUCGGAGAAGGGUCGCGUUAAGACAGCGAGAGGGACGAAUUAGGACGGAAGAGAGGGCUCGUAAUUCCUCUGUGGAGCCCGAGGGGGCAGGAGAAGGCCAAGAUACAACCCGUGACGCUGCGGCCCAGGAUAGUCGUGAGAGGCUUCAGGCUCAGUAUGCUCGUCGUCGCCCGUGGAUUCAAAGGUACAUUCAACGUGUUAUGAGAGAAGAAUGGGUAGAUGAUUCUGAUUAG